AUGCUUGGUCGAAGGCCCAGCGAGUUGCAGUGGCUGAUGAGAGGCAUUCUAUUGCGUGCUGCCGAGGCGGUACGAGCGGUCUCGAAGGAGCAGAUCUGCCGCGGCGAUGCCGCGGCGCCCGCGGCGGCGGCCGCGGACCGGCCGGCGCCGGCGCUGGCGGCCCCGGGCGGUGGCUACGCGAUCCUCCGAGCCCUCUGGGAUGCCGAGAAAUCUCGGAGCUACCCGGGGUUCAUGACCAAGGAUGAGAUCUGCAAGCUGGGGCAGAAGUACUGCGACGAGCCGAUGAAGGACAGCUACUGGGACGGUCGUGAGCAUGGCCACGGCUGGGAGUCGAACAAGUCGCUCCUGGCCCACCGGCUCAUCUCAAGGCAGAAGCACAAGCGGACGCCUGUCAACGGCUUCCGAGGCCCCAAGGACCAAAUCGCGCUCACAGAGGAAGGGCGGCGCUUCGUGCCGCUGAUGCUGGCAAAUUUUAAGGAGGAGGACGACGGCCGGCCUCCGCCUGAGGCGCCCGCCUUCGUGCGGAGGCCGCCAGGCCCUCCGAGCAGGCUGUCCCAAGCAGACGAGGCGGAACUCAGGUCCUGGGUCUCACAGGCCCUUCCUGGAAAGGAGAAGUCCUUUCAAGUGAGCAAGGCGCGACGCCAGCGCUUGCACGAACUGGUGAAAGAAUUGAAUGCUUCUGGCGAGUACGGGCUGCUCAGCCACGACUCGCAAGGUGCCGGGCGGCACCGUGUCCUGGUGAUCAGGAAGGAGGGAGGUUCAGCUACAAAGAGCGGCAUCUCCCAGCCGUCUGCAGGCAGCCGGGCUCCCCGCCUCACCGAAGUCGACGACCUCGCCGGGCUGCUCGGCAUGCCAGGCCUGGCGCCGGCCCCUCCAGGCGCCCCGGGCUCGGUUGAGCCGACGGGACCAGGGCAGCGUUUGGGCGGCAAGCGCCCAGCGGAGGGAGGGGAGGAUGCGAACGACUGUGCCUUCCAAAAUGCACUUUGCUUGCAACUGGAGCUGCAACUGGAGGGUGGGAGGAAGCAGUGCGUUUUCGAGGCCUUCCAAAACGCACUUUGCUUGCAACUGGACGGAGGACUUGGCCUGGACCAGCUGGGAUGCACAGUGCGAAUCGCCGAGAAAAAGAAGCAAGCAGACGACAGCCGGAAGGCACGCGCCAAGGAGGCAGCUGCGGCUGCAGCCGAAAGGCGCCUUUCGGCUGCCCGCCCCGAGCUCGCGCGCAAGCGCGCGAAGCCGAACCCCCCGACACCUCGGCCACAGGCGGGCUCGGCCCCCCCUGCUGCGGUCUCGGCUCCCUCAGCUGCUGUCUCGGCGGUGAGCUCUUCGAGUUCGAGCUCCAGCUCCAGCGACUCAGACACAGACUCGCAGGAGGAUCCCGACCUGCAGGCCGCCAUGCGGGCAUCCCUGGCAGAAGGGCCGACUGCAGCCACGGACGAGGACGCAGCCCAGCUUCGGGCCGCCCUGCGGCUGUCGCUUUCCGAGGCGCCCGCAAGGGAGCCCCCGGAGCCCGCGCAGGCUGCGGCCUCUUCACCGGGCCGCUUCGCGCGAAGGCUCUCCGUGGCACCGGCCAGCGCUCCUGUAGACCUUGACAACUCCGAUGACUCGCAGGGGGCGGCGCCAGCAGAGCCGCAGCAGUCCUCUAUCUCGCUGGUGGUGGAUCGCUGUGAGCGGCAGCGCAACAGGGCGCCGCGGGAAAUCUACGAGGAACUCCGCAGCCAGCUGGAGGGUUCGGCGGAGGUCCGCUUCGAGUCGCUGAAGCUGGGGGACUAUCUGUGGCUGAAAGGCGACACUGCCCUCGGAGCCUGUGUGGAGCGCAAGACUGUGCGUGACCUCGUGGGAAGGUCUGCGCGAGGGGACCACCUCCGCCAGAUCAGGCGCCUUGGUGCCACCGGUCUCCCUGGCAUGCUCCUGCUGGAGGGGCCCCUCUCCGUGGCCGACAACAAGGCCAUUCCCUACGGAGCCGACUUCUUCUCGAACGGACCCACGGACCCAGCGCUCAGGGACUCCGAAGACGUACUUGAGUUCCUGGCGUGGACGGUGCUGUACUCCCCAUGUGACGUGUUGCUCACCUCAGACCACGUGGAAACGGCUGCUUGGUUGAGCGCGUGGACGCUGGUGUUGCGCGACAGUGCGUGGGCGCAGGAGCUGACGACACCCAUGACGUCCUGGAGACAGGCCCCGGAUGCCAGUGAUGCUGAGUACGGCACGUUGUUGGAGGCUGGCCGGGCUGCAGGCUUCAACCGCUGCGAAAUGGAUGCGAUCGGCUCUCGUUUUCCCUCUGUCACAAGCCUCCAAAAGGCAUACGAACGCUGCCGCGACAGACGGCGGCGUCAAUUGCUGCUAGCUCGCCUGCUCCUGAACGCACAAGGUGAUGGUGAGCAGGACGAGGCGCGCGCCCUGCGGCUUUCCAUUGACCUGUUCCAAGCUGCCGAACCUGCGGGCCAGGCCCCUGUUGAGCCAAAGAUGCCAACCGUCAAGCUCGAGCGCCGCGCCACCCAGAACCUCGCCGAGCACCUGCGCCUGCUGCUCCCUGCAGGGCUCCUCCAUGGCGAGGCGGGUGGCGCGGAGCGGGUUCGCCUGCAGCUUCAUGGCACCGGUGACUUCUCUUCCUGGCGCUCGGCGCCCUGCCACGUCCAUCUGUUGGAAGGGACAUUCUUCCUUCGUUUCCUGCAGCCGACCCUGGCCGUGAAUAAGGGCCCGGGAGCUGCCGCGGAGCACGCAGCCGCCGCGCUGGCGCGAGCGCUCGCGCUCUCCUCCCAGGAGCGGCACGUGAUCCUGGUGUAUGGCCUGAAGUCCGCGGCCAGCCGGGCAAUCAACCAGAACUCUGGCUCGCCGCUGGUGCCUGCCGCGAAGAAAGUCCAGCAGCUGUUUCCUGCUGUGGUGGCAGUACUCAUCCUUAAGCACAAGGUGAAUGCCUUGUCGUGGUCCACCAGACAGGCGGCCAUCAAUUUCGUGGAAGCUUUGAGCGCUCAACUCGCUCAGGGUGAGAUGCUGCAAGAAUAG